GCUAUGAUCACUAGAGGAAGGAACCCAAAGACCCUGAAACUUUACGUCUAACGGCCCCGCAGAGGAAUUUGUCCCUAACGAAACGCAGAAACGCCUUCCCGUAGCGGUUUAAAGGGAGAGGAAGUGAUAUAACGUGAGAUUAACGCGGUAGUUGUCCCAACUGAGCGACUCGCCAGUUAGCAUAACGUUAGUGCCACUGACUUUGAAUCAAGGUAGCUGUUAGCUCGCUGCUCUACUAGCCAGCUGUUGGCUGCUUGGCUUGGCUUGGCUGGCCCAACAAGUUAACUAAGUGAUUAACUGUAUGAAAGCGUUCAGUAAUUGAAUCGUGAAGUGGGAAUCGGCUCUCUUUGUCUACAGGCACUAUUAGGGACUUUUGCAGAGAGCGGAAUCAGACGACAACAAGUCGACUCAGCGCGUUGUGAACAUUAUUAUUCCAGCUAACCUCUGCGCUAGCUAGUGCACUAACGCUAGCUAAGUUGGGAUCCUGAAGUCUCGCCCAUUUUUUGGAUCCUGCCCCAGCCAUUGGCUAAGGGCUAAUCAACAGCCAACUAGUCUGGUUUUCAGGUCCGAUUGGUACUACGAUGGAAAGUCUAACGUUGACUGAUGUCGAACAGAAAUAUUACUCGGAUUUGUUCGUUUACUGCGACACGGACAACACGAAAAAAGUGGCUUCUAAUGGGAGAGUUCUUGACCUUUUCCGGGCGGCCCAGCUACCCAGCGAAGUUGUCCUGCAGAUCACAGAACUAUGUGGAGCCACUCGCCUGGGUCACUUCGGGAGGAGCCAGUUCUACAUCGCUCUCAAGCUCAUAGCCAUCGCCCAGUCCGGGCUUCCCCUGAGGGUGGAAAGCCUCAACUCGGUCAAGGACCUGCCGCUGCCCAGGUUUGUGGUGGGGAAGAACGAGGCAGAGGCGAGGCACGCAGCGCUCUACCAGGACACAGACAGCCAGGGUUUGUACCCAGCCUCUGCUACUGCAGUAAUACCCAGACCACCAGGAAGGGGACACCAGAACAAGAAAGGUCCCCCAUCCUCAGCUUCACUUCCUGUCCAUGAGGUCGUCCAGCCCCUGGCACCCAGCAUAGAACCACAGCCCGAACCGACGUCCCCGGUGGUCUCCCCUCAUCAGUCUCCCCCCUCCUCCCCUCCCUCCUGGAGGAAACACAAGAGGCAGCACAGCGGAGGAAACGCAGACAGACAGCCGGUGGUGGCUGCAACUGGAGCCGUGUGGACGCAGUUCAGAGAACCACAAACAGGUCCAGUGUCCGGUGAUGGCAUGUGGUUGUCCCACUCGCCUCCUCCUCCGGGUCAGGAAAGUUGGGUCAGUUUCACAGCAGACACCCCGCCAUCCAGCACGCUCCCCGCAAUGCAUCCCUCGUCAGUCCAGGAAAGCACAACGAUACGAACAGUGGCCUCAGCAGCGACGACUAACGAGAUCCAACGACAGUCCAGCGGCUACGACGAUCCGUGGAAGAUCACGGACGAGCAGAGACAGUAUUAUAUUAACCAAUUCAAAACCAUCCAGCCAGACCUCACCGGCUUCAUACCUGGUUCAGCAGCAAAAGAGUUCUUCACCAAAUCAAAACUACCGAUUUUAGAGCUGUCGCAUAUUUGGGAGCUGUCAGACUUCGAUAAAGACGGAGCGCUGACCCUGGACGAGUUCUGCGCUGCAUUCCACCUGGUUGUGGCCAGGAAGAAUGGCUAUGACCUCCCUGAGAAGCUGCCUGAGAGCCUGAUGCCAAAGCUGAUUGACCUGGAUGACUCAGCAGAGGUCUCGGAGUCAAACACUGACGUCGGAUACUCGGGCUCCCCGGUGGAGGUCACCCCCAACAAGUCUCCCUCCAUGCCUUCACUCAACCAGGCCUGGCCAGAGAUGAACCAGAGCAAUGAGCAGUGGGAGACGUUUAGCGAGCGCUCCUCCAGCUCACAAACUCUGACCCAAUUUGACUCUAACAUUGCACCAGCUGACCCUGACACAGCCAUCGUUCAUCCGGUUCCCAUCCGGAUGACACCCAGUAAGAUCCACAUGCAGGAGAUGGAGCUGAAGAGGACCGGCAGCGACCACAACCACCCCACCAGUCCUCUGCUGGCCAAGCCUCCAGAGCUGUCGGAAGAAGCCAAACUACCUGCCUCCAUGAAGUUUGUAGCUGCCAACACUGUAGGUGAUGGUUAUAGCAGUUCAGACUCCUUCACAUCAGACCAGGAGCCAAUCACAAGACAAAGGUCUCAGUCGGGUACGUCUCCAGAGGCUCUGAAGGUGGUAGCCCCUCCUCCCCCUCCACCUCGCCCUCACCCGUCUCACUCUCGCUCCUCGUCUCUGGACAUGAACCGCACCUUCGCUGCCGCAUCAGCCACAGGACAACCACAACCCUCUACGAUAGCUUACCCGCCUGCCGUGCCUCCUCGACCGCUACCGACACAGACAUCAGUACCACACACCGGGCAUCGUGUGGAGGCAGAGGCUGUACCAGGAGGCGGGGCAGUGCUCACCACCACCUCCCCCCAGCAGAUUCCUCAGCAGCCCAAUUUCGCAGACUUCAGUCAGUUUCAGGCCUUCGCCGCCUCUGAACAGCCUUCCAGCCUGCCGGAGGUCGACAAACACAGUGAGGCGGGACAGGUGGAUAAGGCACCAGAGGGAGCUGGCCCUUUGAGAACAGUGAAGAGUGAUGGCCAAGCAGAUGAGAGAGCCUCAACUACUGUCAACUCUGCCAAAGGUUCUUCUGGGCCACUAGCUCCUCCUCCUAAACCUGUACGUCGGAGGUUGAAAUCUGAAGAUGAGCUGCGACCGGAGGACGAGCAGCACGGUCCACAAAAAUCAAACGUCAUAGCUGCUGUCCUGGCCACUCAGCCCUCCAUCCCCAGGUCAGUAGGAAAGGACAAAAAGGCGAUUCAAGCUUCAAUCAGAAGAAACAAGGAGACUAACACAGUGUUGGCAAGACUUAACAGUGAACUGCAGCAACAGCUGAAGGACCUGCUCGAAGAGAGGAUAUCUCUGGAAGUCCAGCUGGAGCAGCUCAGACCCUUCUCUCAUCUUUAACCAACGUGUGGAGGGAAAACUCGACUGUAGUUCAUCCGAAGCAAGGCUGUGGGCCUCGGUGUGACUCCCCCCUCCAUCCCUCCUUCGCUCCCUCCUACCUCCCUUCCCUCCUCCCAUCAUCCAGGCUUUUCCCUCGAGGCUCGGACCUGCCGCAGGGUGCUCCGUUAAAACUCUCAUGCUCAAUCACCCAAUUAUCAAUCAUAAACCCGGAAGGACCUGAGAGCACAGUCUUAACCAGGUGGGAGGCGGAGGUGACAGGAGCGUGGGGGGGAUUUUACAAACUGGCACUUUUCGAAUUUUCUCUGAAGAGAGGCGAAGGUGAGGACGACGGUGAACUGAGAAACGGUUAGGAGAAGCAGACAAGACGCUGCCAACGCUGGUGUCUGAUUACUUUCCUCUCUGAAUGACUGAAGAAGAAAGGGGGAGUGUGUGAGUCACGUGUUUGUGUGACUGUUUUGUGUAUUUGUGUUCCUGUUUAGUGACUAACUUGAGGCUAGCAUCAGUUCAUGUUUGUUCUCUCUUGGGGUAGAGACUCUGCCACACCAAAUUAUAAAUCGGGCACAUUUAAAGAGACAACUUGGAAGUAUGCUUCAAUGCUGCCUUUCUAUAAGUGAGAGAAGAAGAUCUAUAUGAGCCUUUUAAGUGAUAAGGGCAGAGAUAAAAUCUGCACUUAGCCUAGCUUAGCAUAAAGACUGGAAACAGGGUGAAAUAGCUAGCCUGCCUGUCUCCAAAGCUCAAAAAAAAUGCACCGACCAGCACCUCUAAAAUUCACUAAUUAACACAUUGUUUCUGAUUUGUUUAAUCCACACAAAAGCAGAAAUGUAAAAAGGAUAAUUUGUGGUUUUAGGGGUCUUACAUGCUAAAGCUAUUUCAUCUAACUCAGAAAGAAAGUGAAUAAAUGUAUUUCCAAAAUGUUGAACUCUUUCUUUGUCUUCUUGCUUAUUGGCAUGACAUCUUUCCGACUACCAUGAAUGCGUAUAUAAAACUGGACAACAGUCGUGGGAGAUCUCUGCUUUAAAUAUAGUCUCUUACUAAACAUUUGCCUCCUGAAUGUCACUGGCUCUCCACCAUUUUCAAAAGUAAAAUUGUUAUAAUCUCCUAUUAGAGGCUUUGAAAACCAUAAAAAGUCUGUCAGGAACUUACGUCUGCCAGUAAGCAAGGAAUGCAAAAUUGACUUUUUUUUUUGACUGGAAUUUGGUGUGCUUGGUCUCCCCAUUAAAACAUUUUAGGCUACCUCCGGACAGGACUCUUAUAUGUGUGUGUGUGUGUGUGUGUGUGUGUGUGUGUGUGUUUGUGCUUGUGAUGCCUUUAAUGGCGUCAUCAUCAUGGUGAAGGCUUUUUUGAUUCAUCCUGUGACAUGAUAUCAGCCCACAUCCAUCUUCUACUGCCCCUUGAAGUCUAUGUGUGUGAGUGUGUGUGUGUGUGAGAGUGUGAUGGUGUGACAUGAUGAAUGAAUGCUUUGUCUUGUUUUUCUUCUUCUCUGUUACACAGUGUUUGGGGAUUGAUGUGACUGAAUGGUUUAACUUUAAUGCCAAAUGACUGAACUCUCACUCUGCUCUCUCACCUCUAAGUGAGCGAUGUUUUUAAAGGAGA